AUGGGACGCACCGCCUCAGGCAAGAACUUGAAAAUCAGAAAGUAUCCUACAUUUGAGCGCAAGGAAGACGAAAGGCUGUAUAGGAAACAGCAUCUUGCGGCUGCGUAUCGCGUGUUUGCGGAGCGUGGGUUCGACGAGGGCGUUGCGGGGCAUAUCAGUGUUAGAGAUCCGGUUUGGGAGGAUCAUUUCUGGCUUAACCCCCUCUCAACGCACUUCUCCCAGAUCCGCGUUUCAGACCUCAUCCUGGUCAACGAGGAGGGCACCGUCGUGCAGGGCGAUCAGCCCAUCAACGCGGCAGCGUUCGCCAUCCACAGCGCUCUUCACAAGCGAAGGCCCGAUGUACAUGCAGCAUGCCACGCGCAUUCCGUCCACGGAAAAGCAUGGAGUGUUUUCGGCAAAGAGCUAGAUAUGAUCACGCAGGACAGCAUUAGAUUUUACAAGAGCCACGGAGUGUACAAGCAGUUCGGUGGCGUGGUGCUAGCUAGUGAAGAAGGCGAGAGGAUUGCAGAUGCGCUCGGCGCCGGCAAAGCCGCCAUCCUCCAAAAUCACGGCAUUCUGACCGUCGGUCAAACUGUCGACGAAGCGGCCUUCUGGUUCCUGUCGCUCGACAAAACGUGCCAGACGCAGCUGCUCGUGGAUGCAGCUGCCAAUGGAAGCGGGCUAGAGAAGAAGAUCAUUCCAGAUAGAGAAGCAGAAGAGACUUACAGGAAUGUAGGAACGCCGGAGAAGGGGUGGUUGGCGUUUCAGGGGUACUAUGAUGAGAUAUUGGCGAAGACGGGGGGUGACUUUUUGCGGUGA